AUUACUUUUCAAGCUUCAAGCGUUGAAGUUCGCUGCUCCCUUCUAAAUAUUGUUUGUCCGAGUGAGCCAUGGUCCACGUCUUGGGGGUGCAGCUCCCAGACUACCAGUAUGCAAGGUUCGCCUUGACUGCAUUCUAUGGCAUUGGCCAUAAAACUGCACAUCGACUUUGUGCACGUCUUCAAAUUCACGACAAGUGCAAAGUUCGGAGUCUAUCACCCCAUCAAAUCACAGAACUUGCCGCGUUCCUUUCCUCUCCUUCUACUUCAACACCUAUUCCUCGCUUUCCACUAGCUACGCCGUCCUAUAAACCUCCCUCGGCCUCCACUCCACUCGCGAUCCUGAAGGAGGAGACGAAGAAGCUCUCACAAAGGGCAUGGGCAGAUCCAUUGCGAAACAUCAAGAUUGAGAGCGAAGCAAGGAGAGUGGUCAAGGAUAAUAUCGCGCAUCAACGCAUGAUAGGCAGUUACGUUGGCAAGAGGCAUGCCAUGGGUCUUCCCGUCCGCGGCCAGAAUACCCAAAACAAUGCGCGGACCGCGAAGAAACUCAACAGGGUCGAUCGUCGUGGCUGAGGGUGUUCAUUAUGUAUGUUCCUAUAUCCUCGGAAGUUUACCGGACCCCGUACUUGUCCCGUAUUCGUCUUCUAGAUAAUACACUAUUUCUAAGUACAUCCGAGGUGGCUUCUCUAGUCGUCUCCGACCGGCACUUCUUCUUCCAGGUACUUCAGCAAUGUCACCCGAAUCUCCGUGCUCUCGUCACCGCGAAGUACAUCAGACAAAAAUUCCACCUGCACCUGCAUCUGGACCUUUGAAAUGGGUGUGAUGCAUAGUUGCGCCGAUUAUUUUAGUUU